AUAGUCUGCUAUAUUUUAUGCAGACUCUGAAUUGCUCGUGAGGUGGGAUCUGCUGGUUUGCGAAGCAAACCAGCCUGAAAGGGCGAGCGAAGCGAGCCAUUUCCCCAUCUGCAGCCUCAGUAGACCUAGUCUGCUAUGCAGACUCGUUGAAUCAGCUGUGAUACACACACUGCAGGUAUGGGUCUACAUUUGUAGACUAAAUCCGUACUACAGCUCUAUGGGCGAAUCCGGGCGAAUCGGCUCGUCGCGGCUGCGCCGCCAGGCCAGCCGACCGACAGUCUCACGUGGCGCCUUCGAUUGUAUUUGUAACUCGCGCGCGCGCUGUGUUAUGUUUCCCGACGAAUUAGCAGCAGUGCAUGUGCCAAUGGUCUGGACAUUUUCAUAAGUUUAUAGAUUUCUUCUGGAAUUAUCCUUCUUAACUGACGGAAUGCCUUGCGACACAAUAUCACCUCAAACCCAUCACUUUUUAGGUGGUGUUGGUUCAAAGCAUGCGACGAUUGACCAGUAUAAACUGAAUCAAAUUCGGACAUAUUAUCCGGAUGGCAAAAGGAAACGAGCUGCCUGUUUGUGCUUCCGAAACGAAUUGAAAAAUGAGGUACUUCUUGUAUCCAGCAAGUCUAGUCAAGAUUCAUGGGUGAUACCGGGCGGGGGUCUUGAACCUGAUGAGACUCCAGCUGUAGCAGCAGUCAGGGAACUCGAGGAGGAAGCCGGAGUGAGUUCUAGAUUGGUGAACUUUGUGGGUAACUUUGUAGAUGAAUCCAACAAACACAGAACAUCAGUCUAUGCUUCAGUAGUUAUGGAAGAAUUUGAUUCUUGGGAAGAUCGAGAAAGAAUAGGGAGGUGUAGAAGGUGGUUUUCCAUUGAAGAGGCAUCGAGGAGACUGAUAGAGUACAAACCAUACCAGGACCAGUAUCUUCAAGUUGCUAUCGCUACAAGGUGAUCUGGGACCUCCAUCCUUCUGGAUGAAGCAGAAAAUGUCGCCACCAUCCGCAUUCUUUCAGGAACGAUACGAAGUAGAAUUCACUGAAACUGGUAACCAGCAAAUAUCUUGUAGGAAGUCAAACCUGUUUAAUUGCCAAAAUACAGACCGACUUCUCUGUGUGUCAAUAUUCUGCCAAAGAUCGGAAGGAAGAGGAAUGCUGGCGAACAUUUUGAACAAAGGAAAGUCCUUAAAAUUUAAUUUGUAUCUGCAUCAAAACCUUUAUUCAUCCAUGCUGCCUCUUGCAAUAUAUCGGGCAGCCUAUACAGCGUAUUUACAUGUAUUUGUGCUACACAACGCUGGAGUAAUGUUGUAAAGUGUGGACAACCUCAUAAUUCUUGCAGGAAAAGGAUAUCAGGUUUUGCCUACAGGACUUUUUCUUUGAGGAAGUUGACAUUGGUAUGUGUGUACCUCUCCUGGCAAGAACUAGAUACUGCCUCCACGCAUUCAGGUGAAGGUCAAUACUAAAUCCACUUCACAGUUGUAAACUGGGCAUGAGCAGUAAAAGGUCGUUUGAGAGAGAUAAAUCAAGGUGGCUUUCAGGUUCACUGACAAGCAUUUGUGAUUUGAGGAUUACAUGUAGGCCUAUUCAUAUCCUAACAUUCAAUUUCAUCACAUCCGCUGAAGAGUUUCACAAUCAUUUGUACUUGACAGUAGCCCCAAUUAGUUGUGCCCAAAACAGACGAUACCACAAACAAUUUCAAAUUUAAUCACUGACAUACUAUUCUAGUCACCAAGUCUUAUUUCAUAGAAUCUGAAAACCACCGGAUGCUACAUGUAUGUCUGGAAAGCUAUAUAUGUACAGUAUGUAACAUCUUCAUUUGAAAGUAUUGGUGCUCUUUGUAAUGAAAAAUCAUGGGAAAGGUCAUUUGAGAAAAGUUGAUCGUAACUGUGAAGUGGGGGGUGUUUCACAAAAAUUCAAGUAUGACUAGAGUCAGACUUAUAACAUUGAUGCGUAUAGAAUAUGCAACUCGCAAUCUUAUUGAUUAAUAUGCAGUAGUCACUAGUGCACGUCCUCUUGGUAUGAUCUGACCAAUGCACUCAUUCCUUCUAUAACGCACGCAAUUAGACGUUUAAGUGUGACUCUUUUGGGGCAUUGCAAGAAACUUGUGAUCAAUUGCAAGUCUAUUUUUGUUCCCGAAAUCAAGCAGAUGUUGUACAAUUAAUUGCAAAUUUGCGAUUGAUUGACUGACUGCUCCAUGAAACAAGGAGUGUAAUCCGAUUUGCUAAAGUUAAAAAUGAUCAAUCAACUGUAAUCUUGUAACAGAAUUCUUGCGAUUGAUUGCAAAUAUUUUCUUGCAACACCCCCUCAGUCAUACUUAAAUCUUUGUGGAACAUCCUCCUGGCUUAUUCCACUGCUAUGUUCUGCCUUUACUGUAUAUCACUUGCUAACAUGGAUGAAACUUUUCAGACUAAACUCAAGUCUGAAUUCAGGCUUUUUUCUCAACAUAUUUUCAGACAUAGAAAAGACAUAGAAAACACCUUAUUCAUGUAGAAUAUUGGUUAUUCAAGAUGAUUUUUAGACUUUUAAAAAUCUAAUGCAAGUGGCAUCCCCGUGUCAUUGAAGACCAAAUGAAAAUGCGUAAAACUUAAGCAGCCUUUAUGGAGAGGGUAGGCUUUAAUUAAAACGCAGUAAUGCUCCAAAUUGUGUUAAUAAAAAAUAACAAUAUAAAAUAAUAUUCAGCAGUUUAGAAUGCAUUUUCACUCUACAUUAUAAUUCCAUUACCAACAUGUAUAAUAAGUCCAUGCUAAUCAAUUCAUGUAGCUUAAAUGUAGUAAUAAUAUAAUAUUGACUGGCCUUGAGGGGAACAUCAAAUAUGUUGCCCGCAACAGAAUCACAUUGGCCCUUGUCUUUAGAUGAGGGCAAUAUGGUUCUUUUAAGGGCAACAUAUUUGAUGUUUCCCGAAAGAAGAGCCAGUCAAUAUUAAUAUUACCUAAGGCUGUACAAUGUGUAAUUCAAACUAUUAUUUGGAACAAUUUAUAUGCCCGUUUGUACAUCACUACUUCCGAUUUCAGAUUAAUCACAAUCUUAGCGAAGUAACCCUAAUGAGCAAUUGUGACAUAAAUUGUUACCUUCCAGUCGCACAUCCAGCAUGGUGCACACAUACACUCAACGCGUAGAAAUCUUGCGCUUGGGUUAACGUUUGUGUAUGCCGACUGGCUGCGCCGCGCAUUAUCUACAAUGCGUUGUUGGUUCACAAACUGGUUCCAUCCAGGUUUCCCAAAUACUAAAUUUAACGACCAAAAUCGGCUCCUACUGCACAAACGCACUAGCAGAAAUAUGGCCAAUAUUGCCCUCUGUUUUAUACAGGAUUCCUAUGGGAUAAGCCUGGUGAGGGCAACAUGGCAAAUGUUUACCUCAUUGGUCUCGGAUUGAAAGUAGCGAGCGUAAUAAGACUUUUAUUUAUCUGCUAAAAUGCCUUGUAUACAUGUAGGUAAAAAUGUUCCAUAAUAUUAUAUUACAGCAUUUGUUAAACAUGACUCAAUCAGCCUGUCACAGGGCUGGGGCACUGUUUCAUUAAACAAUAUAAUAACAAAUUUGACAGUUUCAAGCUACUCGUACUGAAAUCAUUCAAUUUGAUUGGCUGAUAGUAAAUUUGUUACAGAAGUUGUGCGUUCAUGUACUGUACAUGUAACUUCAUGAAAGGGUACACUGGUGACUAGUGUCGUGGUCACAGGUACCAUGUAAAUUUGUUUACACAUACAUGUACAUUUACCCACCUUUGUUCCCUUUGUCAACAUUUUUUUUUCUGGAUACAUGUAGUUGUUUUUACUUCUCAGAAAUGCCCUACAUGUAUGUACAGUGUAAAGUAGAUUAAUCUGAGUCUUAUAGAAUGAAGAGGUUGGGAGUUGAGAACUUUGGACCCAGCCUGUCGCUAUUUAUUUUUUUGGGGAAAUAAUACAUCUAUAUUUAUGCUUGGAGUGAAUACUGUACAAUGACAAAGAAGUAUAUGAAGAGAAAUUAUUAUUUUAUACUGCUAUGUAAACCUAAACCUUGUAUGAAAUUGCUUUCCUUUUGCAAUUCCAUUUUACCUGCCUUGCAUGUAUGAAGUUAUUUCUUUGUCAUGCUUACAUGUAUUUAACAACUCCCAAAUCAAGCACAGGUUACCAUAAUCUCGGGGGGGGGGGGGGAAGCAAUGAUUCCUUCCUUUUAUGUACCGGUACUACACAUCUUGAACCAAAAUCAUGGUGGUUUUGAAUUCUUUGUUAAACCAUGGUUUAUGCAGAUUUCUUACAUUAAUUGAGAACUAGUUAAAGCUUGUUCACUGACAAUGGGUCAAAUACAUUUAUCUCCAAAUAAUUGUCGAAAUAAACUGUUGUAAACUAGGCUUAAAUGGAAAAGAAAAACAAAUUGGUGACAUCUUGUUUUAUUUGGUCAAUUGUGUGUUCAGAAGAAGACUGUACAUACAUGUACACUGUAGUACUUGUACAUUAUUAAAGAAAUGACAUCAUUCUAAUACAAUAUACACUGCAUUUUUGGGUUGACCCUCUUCCAGUGAGUAGAGAUUAUCAUUCAAUUCAAAUUCAAUAUAUCAUAUUUUCCUUUUUUUGUGUGUUUCAAACUUUAAUAUUGAUCAAAGAUUGAUUGCAACCCAGUAUUCAGUUUUAAUUGAUUGCAUUCUUACUGUACCUGCUAAUCCUAUUUAUAUGAUUUUUAUUUAUUGGUGCCAAUAUUAUUUUUAUUAGUGUUACGAUUGAUUAAUUUGUAUUUAAAAUGCUAUUUCAAGUAUUUAUUAGAGUUACAAUUUAUUCAAUGUACUGUGUCAUUCCUCACCAUUUAGAAUCUUUUUAUCAUACUCUACAGAAUGCAGUGAGAAAACUAAUAUGCUGAUGUGUGCAUCAACAGUGCUGCCAAAUAGUAGAAAUUGAUUGUAUUCAAGUGGAAAUAAUAGGAUUUUUCCCAUUGAAAUACGGUUUUGAAACUUCUACAUAAUGCAUAGGCCUACAGUGUAUUUUAAAAAUUUUGUGUUCAUGUACAUUUUCUUUCGAAAUUUGAAACAAACUAUAGGAUUUUGGGUUUGAAAAUAGGAUAAAUGAAAUAAUAGAAUGUUUGUUUUGUUUUGUUUUUGUUUUUUUAAUCUGGGACAGCCCUGAUGAAUUGUAUAACAGAAAUUGAAUGAAAUAAAGUACAUGUAUAUUAGUGUAUAUCACUCAGGUACAUCUACAUGUACAUACAUGUACAUCUCUCCAACACACUUGCAACUUGGAGGCACAAACCCUUGCUUUGUUGAAACGCACCAAAAUUGUCUGAAUUUUAAUAGCCCACUAGGGUUCAACAAAGUACAUUUUACAUGUAGUUGGAUAUGUAGGAGACCUACGGCCCUGUCUUACAAAGAGUUGCGAUUGAUCCGAUCAGCAUCAAUUACACAUAUGGAAAUCCAUCAAUGUCAUGAUUUUCCUUUACAGGAAAUGUUGACAUUAUUUUUUUUAGCACAGAGGAGCACACUGAAUUGUCAUGACAGUGAUGCAUCUACAUGUACACUAUGUCAUACAUCUUAUUUAGGAAGUAUUUCGAACAAACCAUGCAUUUUAACUUGUACACGUAAAUGUUUUGGGUUGCUGGCCUACCAUAGUGAGUGAUCGGAUGAUCAGGCGCAGCCUUUCUAACACAGGGCCUGAAAUUAGAUUGGCUAGCUUUGGCUGGUUAGCUCUAUAGGCUUUCUACCUGAUUAUUUUAGGUAACAUACUGUACAUGAACAACUCCCCAGGAAGUGGAUCAUGUGCAUUAGCUUUCAGUAUAAGUGGACAUUUUCAUUAUUUAGGUAAAAAUAUUUUCAGUACUAUUUCAGAAUAUACCAGUAAGAAGGGAAAUAUAGAUUACAUAAAGGAAACUGUUGUAGAAGACUACAGGGGACUUUACUCAUUAUUCUACAUGUAGGUAUGUUUUUACUCCUUGAGCUGUUGAAUAUCUAAAUGGGGGAAAAACAAUGUUUUUGAAUCAGUGCUCAUAAAAUUGUAAACAGUGAUACAUUGUAUGAACAGUGAUAAAGAAAUGUCUGUAUAAUCAAUAACCAAUAUUGGCGCAAAGAUAAUCCACAUCAAUUCAAUUUGAAAUCUUAAUCAAUAUGUGAAAUGCUAUCAAACAGAUUAUGCUCUACAGUGUACAUGUAUGUGAUAUGAUCAACAUUAUCUAAACGUGUGUAUUUCUAUUAACAUGUAUAUUACUGGUUUAUAAAUAAAUAUGUUUCAGUUGCAAUGCAUUAAUAAAAGUUAUUACUAAAAACAACAUGAAA